AUGCACUUCUCUCUCGUGCCAUGGGCGCUCUUCUCAGCUCUCGCUGCUGCCAGCAAUAUCCAAGUCAAUUAUUAUUCGGAUGGCGGCUGUGCAAAUUACUUAACGGCUGUCAACCCUUUCACCAAUAACAAUUGCUACAACUACGAUUACACGGGCACAAAUAGUGCCCUUAUUGCCGACUGUAGCUUUGCGAAUGGCUGUGCAUGCACCCUUUAUUCAAACUGCGAUUGCAAUGGUUCCACCCAUACAAUUGGUACGCGCACCAAUGAUGGUUCUGCCCAUUGUGCCUCGGCUUGGGGCGUUGGAUUCAAGUCUAUGAGGUGUGGAAAGUUCAUUUGA